AGAGACCAAUAAAGUCUGCGUCUUGGGGCCCCACGCGUGCCCUCGUGGCCGACGUGGCAUGCAGAGGAGAGCUGGAGAUAUUUUUCUCCCUGAUUUCAAUUUUUUGGAAGAGCAUGAGAUAGAUACUUUGUUUUCUUUCUCUGUUCCCACUAUCCAAGUGUUUGGCUCUGGUGAAGUGAAGGCGGUGGUGCGAAUGAUGGGUGAAGUGGUAGAGAGCAGCGAGGACGUGAAGGAGGUGAAAACAGAUAGCGAAACUGAGGAGAAGGAGGACGUGGAACGAAGGGCGGUGGAGAGGAGGAGGAAGAAGAAGGAGGGGAGUUCCAAGGGAAUGGCGGGAUGGGAGAGGUUCUUGCAAAGGAUAGCAUUGAGGGUUUUGUUGGUGGAAGCGGAUGACUCCACCCGGCAGAUUAUAGCUGCUCUGCUCAGGAAAUGCAGUUAUAAAGUUGCUGCUGUUCCUGAUGGUCUGAAGGCAUGGGAGAUACUGAAAGAGAAACCGCAAGACAUUGAUCUUAUAUUGACAGAAGUGGAUCUGCCAUUAAUAUCAGGAUUUGCUCUUCUUACACUAACUAUCGAGCACGAGAUUUGCAAAAAUAUUCCUGUUAUAAUGAUGUCUUCACAAGAUUCAAUUAGUACAGUACAUAAAUGCAUGAUGAGGGGUGCUGCCGACUAUCUUGUUAAGCCUAUAAGGAGAAAUGAGUUGAGAAAUUUGUGGCAGCAUGUAUGGAGAAGAAAAUCCUCAAUAAUUAUUGGUGGAGAUUUCCCCCAAGAUGAGAGUGUUGGAGAGCAAAAGGCUGAAGCAACGUCUGAAAAUAAUGCUGCAAGCAAUCAUGCAAGUGGGUACAUGGCUUGCGUUCCAAGAAACAAUGAACCCCUUGAGAAAGGAAGUGAAGCUCAGAGCUCUUGUACAAAGCCAAACUUGCAAGCUGAGAGUGCACAGAUGGAAAAUAUGCAGGAACUUUCAUUGUUGGCAAGGGGAAAACCUUUACUGGAGGAAACUGAGAAGCAUGAACCUGAUGCCAAUUUCAGUCAGAAACUGCUAAGACAUGAGAGUGAAACUCGAGGGAUGAUGGGAGGUGCAUGUGACAAUGAUCACACAAUAAACAUUUCCAAGGGUGCUAAAGCAGAAAGUCAAGGAAGGGAUGCUUUUGUUUCUUCUGAGGCUUGUGAUGCCAUUGCUGAAUCCUCCACAGAAUUAGAAGCCAUUGAUUUCAUGGGAACAUUUAAUAACCAACAUUCUUCUUCAGUUAAUGGCACAGUCAAAUUUGAUUCUCAUCCAGGAUUAAAUCUCACCUUGAGUUCUUAUCCCAAUCAUCUUGAGAAUCAUGUUACACAAGAAGUGCGUACCCUUUGGCACCCCAAGGCAUCGGCCUUUACAAGGUACACUAGCAGGCCAUCACAUCCUCUACAUUCAACAUUAACUAGUGUCAACAAUCAACAGAAAGAAUUUGGAAUUGAUUCCAAGAAAAAUUUGUCCAAUGUUGUAACUGGUUGUAACUCGGAUACUCCUAGUCUCACACUAAGUACUCUGAGCAGCGUGAUCUCUCUGGCUACUGCCCAAUCCAAACACACUGAACUAGUGGCUUCAUGCCCUCAGCAGAAAGUAUUUCCUGCGCUGGUUCAAGUGAAGGGUAUACGGCUGAAUAACCUCUGUGCUGGCUAUGAUUCAGUUCUUCCUCCAAGUUUUUAUAACAAAUCAAGUGCAUCUCCUGUGCCAAGUCCAAGUCCAAGUCCAAGUCCCUCAAACCAGCAGGAACAUGCUUUUCGUGUCAAUCCAUUUAAUAAGUCUGAACAGUUAUAUGACCAUCUUGUCCCAAAUGAAAAGCAUUCAACCAAUAAAGUUUUGCAGAAGCUGGAUAAAUUGGAUUCUUUUGAGAAUAAAUUGGAUUCUUUUGAGGAUAGAGGACAAAUUUCUCCUGCUACUGAUCAGAGCACAACUAGCAAUUUCUGUAAUGGAGCUAGAACUCAUCUUAAUGGUAGUGGCUGUGGGAAUGCUUGUGCAUGUAACGGAGAUGUCGAUCAGGUGACUGUUGUCAAUGCUUCUGUAGAGGGUAGAAAGGAAGAUGGUCUUCUCAGUCCUAGUGGAAACUCUGACCGAUCUAUCCAGAGAGAAGCAGCACUAACCAAGUUUCGCUUGAAGCGCAAAGAUAGAUGUUAUGAGAAAAAGGUAUGGGGUUUUAUAAUCAACUUAGCCUUCCUUUUAUGAUCUCUACCAGAGUUAUUUUGCUUAUUAGAAUCUAUUUUUUAUAUGAUGCAUGAACAUGUGUAAGAAAGUAUGGUUCUCAUGAUAAGAAUGGUUUUGGUAGUGGUGCUAUCCCUCAAUUGCCAAAUAAAAUGAAGAAUGAUACGGAUCUCACUUAUAUAGCAAGUGCAGCUUAUGUGAGGCAUAUAUUUUACGUGCAAAUAGUCAAUUCACAGGUUAGGUACGAGAGCAGAAAAAAGCUUGCAGAGCAACGUCCUCGAGUUAAAGGACAAUUUGUUCGUCUGAGUGCUGCCUGAUCCCUAUCCUGAAGAAACUCAGCAUCAGUAUGGUAGUUCAUCUAACAGCUAGCAUCCCCCCCAAAUAUGUAACUAUGGGUGACUGGUGGUUCAGAUUUACUUUCAUCCUUGCAUGUAAAAUUCAGGAAGAAAAAAGGGAGAGUCAUGACUCAUGAGGCACUACAAAAGAUGGUUUCUGACAUCACAUUCACAUUCCUAGGCAUUGUGGAUAUUGACACAGACUGUCAUGUAGCCAUGUACUUAAUGUAAAGUAGUAUAGUGACUUUCAAUUGCACGACUUUAUUUGUUUGCUCAUUCUUUAUUUGUUUCCUGCUAGAAUUGUUCAUUCAAAAUCCCAUAGCUAUAGUUACUAAAGAAAUUGUAACCUCACUCUUUACUAUUUUCCUUUGGUACAUACACCAUAUAUAUUCAAGCAAGGUUAUGCAUCUCUUUUCUUCUCCUCUCUAUCUCUGGUAUAUUAAAACAAUGCUAUACGU